CAGGAAAAGACGUUCGAACGAGGUUUAAGUGCAUCUUGAAACUUUUUUGACGCGUAAAACGCGCUCUAAAUCGAUAGAAAAACGCUUUUUAAUAUUUUUUUUUUUGAUAAAUUGCAAAUAUCUUUGAGAAAUUACGACGGAAAAUAAAAAAAAGGCAUAGAAACUGACUAGAACUGUUAUAUUGAAAAGUAGAAAGCAUCUAUAAAGCCAUUUAUAUUUUUAGAUAAUUCUAUCGAAAAAAAUGGAGUUACGCGUUGGAAAUAGAUAUAGAUUGGGACGAAAAAUUGGAUCAGGCUCAUUUGGUGAUAUAUAUUUGGGCACGAAUAUAUCAACUGGCGAGGAAGUAGCAAUAAAAUUAGAAUGCAUUAAAACAAAACAUCCACAGCUACACAUUGAAAGUAAAUUCUAUAAAAUGACACAAGGAGGAAUCGGAAUCCCAACAAUCAAAUGGUGUGGAUCAGAAGGCGACUACAAUGUAAUGGUAAUGGAGCUGUUGGGACCAUCGCUAGAAGAUCUUUUUAAUUUUUGCUCAAGACGUUUCUCGUUGAAAACCGUAUUGCUUUUGGCUGAUCAGAUGAUAUCGCGCAUUGACUACAUACAUUCUCGAAACUUUAUUCAUAGAGACAUCAAACCAGAUAACUUUUUAAUGGGCUUAGGGAAGAAAGGAAACUUGGUUUACAUUAUUGAUUUUGGACUAGCGAAAAAAUACAAAGAUGCAAAAUCCUCGAUGCAUAUACCGUACAGAGAAAAUAAGAAUUUGACUGGAACAGCGCGCUAUGCUUCAAUUAAUACACAUUUAGGCAUUGAACAAUCACGACGAGAUGAUUUGGAAUCAUUGGGUUACGUUCUCAUGUACUUUAAUUUGGGCACACUGCCUUGGCAAGGGUUAAAGGCAGCAAAUAAACGACAAAAGUACGAACGGAUAUCCGAGAAAAAGCUCUCAACGCCAAUUGAGGUUCUUUGCAAGGAUUUUCCCGUCGAAUUUCCAACAUAUUUAACAUACUGCCGUCGUCUCGACUUCAUCCAACGUCCCGACUACUCAUACUUGCGUAAACUAUUUCGUACCCUCUUUCACAGUCAAGGGUUCACUUAUGACUAUGUAUUCGACUGGAAUAUGCUGAAAUUCGGUGGACCUCGUAGUAAUACUAAUCAAGAUGCACAGCAACCACAGCCGCCACUACCGCAAGAAGGAGUCGAUGGAACAAAUCGAAGAAAUAAUAUACCAAUGUUACAGCAUCAGAAUCCUGAUGAACCAAUCGCAUCAAAUUCUCGAAAUCAAUAUGAGAACGAGAGAAGAGCAUCUGUAAGGAUUAGAGGACAAACGGUAGAUACACGGAAUAUAAAUAAAUAAUACACAUAAAUAUACACUAAAACAAAACCCUUGAUAAACAUU